GCUGUUGCGAGGGGCGAUCAGAUCGGCCCCGCGCGCAGCAAACCGGAUGACCACCGUGGAGCUGUCACGUCACGGAUCCGCAACGAGAUGCUGUGGUGACAAGCAGAAGAGGGAACGACACGACCCCCUUUUCUCCCCCAGACGACCAUCUCCUCCUCUCCGGUUCUUCAUCUGACGCAUCCUCCCUCCUCUCCCUAUGGACGGGGCGCACGUCAUGGCAUUCCUCUCCACGUCGUCCCCGCCGCUUCAAAAGCUUGAGGAUAUUUUGUAACCACACCCGGCUCUUCUUCGGAUCAAACACUGCCUGAGGACUGUCCAUCAGGUUCCAAAUGCCCGGCUUAGUGUGAGGCUCCUGGUCAAAGGGAAGCAGUGGGGGCAGCGUCCCCGUUCCACAGACGGGAUGAGCGGGGGAGCAGAGCAAGCUGACAUCCUGAGCGGCCUCUCCCUGGUCAAGGAACGAUGGAAAGUGGUAAAGAAGAUCGGUGGCGGUGGUUUUGGGGAGAUCUACGAGGCGCAGGACCUGCUGACACGGGGCAGCGUGGCGCUGAAAGUGGAGUCAGCCCAGCAGCCAAAACAAGUGUUAAAAAUGGAGGUCGCCGUCCUCAAGAAGCUCCAGGGUAAAGAUCACGUCUGUCGCUUCGUUGGAUGUGGCCGCAACGACCGAUUCAACUACGUGGUGAUGGAGCUUCAGGGUCGAAACCUGGCAGACUUGAGGAGAAGCAUGCCUCGGGGGACGUUCAGCAUCAGUACGACCCUGCGCCUUGGGCGCCAGAUCCUGGAGGCCAUAGAGAGCAUCCACUCUGUUGGAUUCUUGCAUCGGGACAUCAAACCAUCCAAUUUCGCCAUGGGUCGCUUUCCCAGUACUUGUCGGACCUGCUACAUGCUAGACUUUGGUCUGGCGCGUCAGUUCACCAAUUCCUGUCAGGAGGUCCGCCCCCCUCGUCCAGUCGCAGGGUUCAGGGGAACAGUUCGUUAUGCCUCUGUUAACGCACACAAGAAUAAGGAGAUGGGUCGCCACGAUGACCUGUGGUCUCUAUUCUACAUGUUAGUGGAGUUCCUGGUUGGACAGCUGCCAUGGAGGAAAAUAAAGGACAAAGAACAUGUGGGGAAGCUGAAGGAGACAUAUGACCAUCGUCUGAUGCUCAAACAUCUGCCGGCAGAGUUUGGCGUGUUCUUGGAACACAUUUCCAGCCUUGACUACUACACCAAGCCUGACUACCAGCUGCUGAUGUCCGUGUUCGACAACAGCAUGAAAACCUACAAUGUUGUGGAAAAUGACCCAUACGACUGGGAGCGAGCCAGUACAGAUGGCACGCUAACCAUCAGUGCCAGCGCCACGACGCCACAGCAUCACACUCGACUCACUCCCGCACAGAUGGGCAUGGCGAACGCCUCGUUGAUCCCCGGUGACCUGCUGAGGGAGAAUACAGACGAGGUGCUGCAGGACGAGCAGCUUAGCGAUGUGGAGAACAAUGCCGCUCCUGAUCGCCUGCUGGGUUCCCCUCACCACCAGCAUCGCAACCAGGAGGCUGACGUCUGGGAAGAGCUUGACCGGAACCGGAACAGGAUCAGGACAGGACACUGGAAGACUGCGGCAGAGGAGGAACAAAGCAACAACCAGGGCAAACAAGGACACCAGAGCCCCUAUGCAGGAUUAAGUUUGGGCUCUCCUGUCAAACUGCACUCAGAGGGAGUUGCUGCAGAUCGAGAUGGACCGCUGCUGAGAAAGCUGCGUAACAUCCACAGCUUGGAGCUGGAGAGGAGGCUGAGCCUGGAGUCAAAGUCUAGUCCAGAGCGGGCCCUGGAUAAUUGUUCAGGAAAACAACAGUUUGGUGUCCAGCGCCAGGGAAAGGAGACUACUAUUGUCCCAGCAGCUGUACCCGCUGUGGAGCGUCCUGAUAGGGUGUGGCACUACGACGAGGAGUUCCUGUCUGGAGCUGCUUCUCCUAAACAAGCUUCACCCGGGUCUUUUGAGCAGGGAGAGGGGGCGGUCAGCAGUGGUGGCUUCGUGGCUCUUAAUCUUAGCUCCGGGAGGCAGGAAAUUGACUCAAGAGAGUGGGUAAUAGUGGAGCGACCGAGUGGCUCCCCUGGAGCUAAAGCUACAUCCAUCCCUUCAGAGGAGGAUGAAGAGCCAGAGGUGCUCCAACCAGAGGAAGCGUCACCUGGAUGGGAAAACGUAAGCCCAAGCCCUAACUCUGGCAAAGCUAAGCAAGAAAGUGCGGCUUCUUCCAAAGGAAGUACAAAAGUGGACAAGUUGGAGCUGAGUGUGGGCCCUGUGGGGGCUCUGCCUCCUAUAACACCAACCAGCCCAGCUGAAGCUCUGGCUGAGGGAGUCCUCACUCAGCUCCCCACCUCUCCUCCGUCUCUACCCGAGGAGGUCUUGGCCCGGACAUCUAGCCCCAUCCCACUGCGUUCUCCCAGUCCUCACACCCUCCUGAUCACGUUGUCGGACCCGCUGCACCAGCGGCACUCAGCAGGCUUGAGGCGCAGCCAGUCUGCCGACCAGCAGCCGCAGCAGGACCGCCCGUCCUCUUCUUCCUCCUGCCAUGCCUCCCUACCUCUACCUACAAACCCCUCCCCUGGCAUUCGCUCGCCCAGUCGUAGGAAACUGCCAGCCAUCCCCGCUGGUGCUGCCAACACCAAGUUCCCCUCAGUCAUACGCAUCACCCGUGCCCAGCUUCAGCAGCUGACAGCUCAGCGUCCUUCAGGUCUGACCUCUCAGUCGGGAUCAGACAGUGCUCCACAGUGCCUCCUUCUUGAGAGGCGUGGUGAAGCUGAAGCUCAGAUCAAGGAGCUUCCUGGGGGAGUUCCCUCCCAACAGGAACACGUGUCCGCCCACCCAGGGACGCCAACAGAACCCCUGGCUGAAACAGUGGUGAACGGGGAUACUUCUACCAAAGCUCCAAGCCCUGUACCAAGCCGUGCAUCUUCACCCCGCUCGCCUCAUUCGCCUCCUCAGUUUUCUCCUCGCUCCCCUCGCAGCCCUCUAUUUAGCAAUGGCUGUCUCUCACCAUUAUUUAAUGCCCAAGCUGCUGGAGAUCUCUCAAGACCAAAAGACCCUGAAAAUAAUAUGACCUCCACUCCAUGUGCCAAAGAGGCACAGACUAGGGAGGGAGAUGGAAGCAAUGUGAAUCUCUCCCCAUCUUGCUCCUCACCCACUGCCGCCCGCAAAGACCCCAGCCGCAGGCAAAGUCGCAUCCCUGUGCUUGAGCCCUCUAGCCUGCUAGAGCUCCCUCCUCCUGGAUCUGCCAAGGAGAAACUUUUACAGAAAAAGGCCAGCCACCAAGGCCCUGCCCCCUCUCCAAACGCCUCCCCGUCCCUCUCUGAUCGACGUGGUGCCGUUGUUGCCUCCCUCGUCAGGGAUCCCCUGUCAUCCACUUCUGACCGCUCUCAGGAUGAGGACUCUCUAAUGGGCUCUGACCGUCAAGGUGAUGAUGCUCGAUCUCUAUCCUCCUCCUCCAGUCCCCUUUCUAGGAAAAGCAGGAUUCCACGUCCUAUUCAUUCAGCCACGUCUGCAGAGCAGCUGACUACCCAGUUCCUGCCUCGCCCACCCCCCGGAAAGCCACCGUGUCGUGCCAUGGCGGAGGGCAGACUCAGGCGCUACCGCAUCCGGACUGGCAGCAACAGUGACUCGGACCUCCUUUCAUGCAUCGCUCAGCUGAUGCACGGUUCCCGUGGCUCCCCCGUACAUCACCGCUCCUCAGGCCAGCAUGCAGCCUUCAGGACGGGUGUCUGCAGUCUGACCAGUUCCCCACACCACCACCACCACCGCAGCUCCAGCGCCUCGCCUCGCAGCUCCUCCUCUCUGCAGCGUUCUGUCAGCUCCUCGCCUUCCCGCCACGAGCACCGGGGCGGAGGGGGCGGCAGUGGCUUUCUGGGUCGGAGCCACUCGCCUCCGAGCUUUUCAGGGUCUCCGCCUCCCCGUCGCUUCUACCUCCACCACCAGGAGAUGUGUUGCAGUCGGCAGGUGCGCACAAGCCCACUGCACCUGUCCAGGGGGAAGAGCUGCAGCAGAGAGGGCAAGUGCUCAAGCAAGCUGAGCAGAUAAUUUCACGCCAUAAUGUAAUGCCAUAGAAAAGGAAAUAAGGAUUUAAAUAACACUAGAACAAACAUCAUUUAGAAUAAAGCUUGGUUCUUCCUGUUCAGUCAGUAAAA